AUGUCGUUUUCAUUGAAUGCUCGGCAUAUCCAGGACAUGAGCGCUGCCGCGACAUUGGAGCCUCAUUGGGGAUACGCCGACCGUGCCCUUCCGUGUACCAGCGAUGCGGGCACUUGCGCCUAUCUCGACGCCGACUACUCAGCCCACGAUCGCGGCAUGCUGUAUACAGGCAUCUUGUGGUCAGUGAUCUGUGCGAUUCUACUUAUUUGGGCCUGCUGGAAGCACUACGACCACUCAUCUACAAAUUCGGCACUGUUCGCGCCCCGAUUAUCCGGCAUUUACAAGGUUCGCCGCACACUCGCAGCGCUCACCCAUCGAUAUUUACUUCCAGAUGCAUGCCGUGCGAUCUUCGGUCGUACAACGCGCCUGCAGGUGCUCGUCCUAGCCGCGCUGGCUGGAUAUCUGCUGAUAUUCAGCUUCGUCGGCAUUCAAUAUAACACCUGGGUAACUCCCGUCUCAGAGAUGUCUGACGCCUACCAGACCCGCUCUACCAUUGGUCCCUGGUCCGAUCGCGUCGGUGUGCUGGCGUAUGCCCUGACUCCGCUCUCGGUCAUGCUGAGCAGCCGCGAGUCGUUUCUAACUCUUGUCACGGGUCUCCCCUACCAAACAUUCAACUUCCUCCACCGCUGGCUCGGGUAUAUCAUCGUCGUACAGGGCUCUCUCCACACGAUCAUGUGGUGCAUUGUCGAGCUAAGACUGUACCAGCCCCAACCGACGACUGGAAUUGAAUGGGUCACUCAGACUUACAUCGUCUGGGGUAUUGUCGCUAUGAUUCUAUUGCUCGCAAUCUUUUUCCUGAGCACGCCGUGGGGCAUUAGAUUCACUGGAUACGAGACUUUCAGGAAAGUCCACUAUGUUCUCGCCAUGGUCUACAUCGGCGCCUGCUGGGGACAUUGGAAACAGCUCAAGUGCUUCUUGUGGCCGUCGUUGAUUUUCUGGUUCAUCGACCGCGGCGCACGCCUUGUUCGCACCGCCAUCUUGCAUUAUCAUCCCGAUCAACUCGAUCAGUCACGAGUCUUGGGAUUCAAGACCGCAGAGGCAUCCGUUACCCGUUUUCCGGAAUCAGACAAUGGCGACGUGAUCAGACUGGUCUUGGAAAAUCCACAAGAUCCGUGGGCCAUUGGUCAACACUACUACCUCUGCUUCAAGCAAGGCAGCAUUUGGCAAUCGCACCCGUUCACGCCUCUGAAUGCCCCCGUUGUAUCACAGGGCAAGGUGAAGCAUUCAUAUAUUGUACGAGCCAAGAAGGGCGAAACAAAGAGAAUCGCAGAUCUCGCCGCAAAUGGUAUCUCAAAGACACCGGUUAUUCUCACGGGGCCCUACGGGGAAUCGAUGACGAGAGCUUUGACACCAGACACGAAUAUCAUCUGUGUUGCUGGUGGCACGGGCAUUACGUAUGUCCUUCCGGUAUUGCUGGAACUGGCCCAGCGAUCGCCAUCUCCUGAUCGGAAAAUCCAGCUCAUCUGGGCCAUCCGACAUUCGUCCAAUACAGAAUGGGUCGGCGAAGAACUUGCAUUCUUAUGGAAAGCUGAGAAGGCCUUGAAUCUAAAGAUUGACAUCUUUACCACGAGAGAUUCCACCGUCAAAGGCCCCUCGUCGAGCGCCGAGGAUCAAUCGGGUAUCUCCACCCCAGAUCUAGACGAGAAGGCUGUAAAUAUUUCUCCUGCUUGUGUAUCGUCUGCAUCAGGGAUCUGCGACUGCUCGAGCUGUACACCGGGCGAGAAUCUCAGCUUCUCAUCCGACUGCAAGAAGAAACAUCCUUGUCUCCACAAGCUGAUCCCGGAUUUCCUGGAUAUGAAUAUCCGAGGCCCUACUACUGUCUUUGCCAGCGGGCCUGGCGGGAUGAUCAGUGACCUGCGGAGCAUCGUCGCCUCCUGCAACUCCGGCUCCAAGGUCUGGCAUGGACAUGAGAAAUUCGAUGUCAGCCUUGUUUGUGAUGAUAGAUUAGAGCGGUAG